AUGAUGGAGCUCACAGCUUGUGCUUUUAUUUUAAUACUUAUAAGCUUAGUGACAGCUACCCCUUAUGGAUAUGGUGUCAAAGGCGGCGCAGGCACAUCUAGUAAAGCCGAAUCCAGCGCCGUAGCAGGUUCUUUUGGAAAUCAGGGUGAAAUACCAGUAGGUGUACCGUUCGGAAGUGCCUUCUCAGGGAGUUUUUCAAAAUCUUCCUCCUCCAGUGCUUCUUCAUCGAGUGCUAGCUCUAGUUCUAGCUCUGGCUCAUUUAGCUAUAAUAGCUCUGGUCGCGGAAGCUUUUCAAGUCCAGAUACGAAAGGCAAUGCAGGAUGUACAUCUGGAAUUUGUCAAAAUACUGGGCAUCAGGGGUCCAGUGCUGACUUUAAUGGUUACGACAUUGCUAAUUCUGCCGCUGUAGCAGGUUCUGGUGGUACAACCAGAGUUAGUUGCCAAGGGUCUCAAUGCAAUGGCAGCAGUGACAAGUGUUUAUCGGGACAGUGUCAAUCGACAGAACCUUCUAUUACUGGCUAUGAUUCAGGCAACAAAUGCUCUUCGGGAAAAUGUGGCCCUACUUCACCAUCGGGUUAUUCGGCAUCUCAAUUUGAUGAAUCUGAUGACAUACACUUUGUGCCUCACUCAUCCAAAUCGAUUCAUGACUCAAAAAACUACUCGUUCAAUGAUAAAACAGCGGGAUACAGUGCUGGUUCUAAUUGCCAACAUGGGAAUUGCGGCCCAUCUGCUAUUAGUACCCAGCCUACAGUUGCUCAUGGUUCAUCCAACUCUUACCCAGCUAACUCGAAUUCUGAAGUCAGACCUGGUUAUAAUUUACCAGUUACACAUCUGGAAACUCCUAACGCAAAUUCCGGUUGUAAUCCAGGGAUUUGCCAAACAGGUCACGACAGUUCACCUACAAGUUACAGUGUUCCUAUUCACGGUUCUUCAUCGGGUUGCAAUGCACCAGGUUGUUCCCGCGACUUUUCUUCACCAGGUGUUAAUCCUCAGAUACAGUACGAUAGUAAAAAAGACGACGCGUCUGAGAAAAAAUUGCCAAUGUAUACUGGUGGUUUUGGAGGACCUGCUGGAAUGCUUAAACCCAAUGAAUUCAAUAUUCCUAUAUCUACAACAAGUAGUCCUGUACAUUUAGCAAAUCCAAUGUACAAUACGCCAUCAAUUUUGUUACCAGGCUGCCAAACGUCCAACUGCAUUGGAUCUCCGACAAUUGCAGUGAGUGGUACAUCAACUACUGCUCAGUCAGGAUCAUAUAGUGGAAGCGUAACCGCAUCUAACAAUAAACCAAUAUAUACCGGUGGCUUUGGCGGUCCCCCUGGUAUGCUGAAGCCUGAUGAAUAUGAUAUAAAGGUACCAGUACAUUCCUCAACUCCAUCAUAUAGCAACCACUCACCUAGACCAUCUGCAGUUUGCGCAACCCCGAAUUGCGAAGGAUAUGCUACUAAACCAAUUUCAGAAUCUUCUAGUGAACUUCCAGUUUAUACUGGUGGCUUUGGAGGUCCUCCUGGAGUUUUAAACCCUAAUGUCGUCAAUGUUCCGUACAGUACUCCUAAUACUCAUACUUUUGGUGCGGGUGACACAACCCCUCAAGCGUCUUUUGGAGUACCUAACCCAGUCACUGUACCAAAUCUGGAUUCUGGAUCUACGAAUAAUUAUAGACCUAUUGGAGUAACAUAUCCUGGUGCUCCGGCGGUAGCACCAAUUAUUCCAAGUUAUCCCAUAACACAACCACUGCAUUCAACUGGCAUUUCUACUCCUGAAUGUAAAACAGGGAAUUGCGCCGCUUAUCCUGGUAGUGUUCCUGUUGUUACUGCUCCUUCUGGAUCAUAUGGAAAUUUUGAAGGCUGUAAAGCAGGAAAUUGCGCUAGCUAUCCCGUUACUGCAGUUAACGUUAAUACUCCUACUGGAACCCAUGGCAACUCUGAGAUUUGUAAAACCGGACACUGCGCUGGUCUUCCUACUAGUGGAUAUUAUGAUAAAAGUGAAGCUGAUACUAAUAGUUCAUCUGGGUUAUAUGGACAUCCUACUGGAUGUAAAACAGGAAAUUGUGCUGUUCCUAAUGCAGUCCCGUCUAGACCGCAUGGUGUUGCCUAUCCAAAUAAUAACUUAAAACCAUCUAUUCCCGAAUACACAGCUGUUUCUGGAGGACCUUCUGAUACAAAUGUGCCCAGCGGUAGCGGUUCUAUCAAGUGCAAAACUUCAAACUGCGCCGAUUCUCUAUCAGCAAAUAGUGGUGUUAACGCUCAAUCUGGAUUUGAUUUUAAAUCAAAGGAACAACUUCCAGUUUAUACAGGUGGUUUUGGGGGACCUUCAGGUUUAUUAAAACCUAAUGAUUAUUCAAAGCCUGAUGUCACCGCAAUACCUAAUAAACCUGUACCAGGCCUAACAAUUCCUGUUACAUGCUCCUCUGGCAAUUGUAAUCCAAAAGAAGUAUUACCAUCGUCCAGUGGGCACAAUAUUGGUUUGAAUGGCGCUCAUGCUAUAGCUUCGAGCUCAGCUCAUGCAGUCGCUUAUUCAGGAGGAUUUGGUGGACCGCCCGGGUUUCUAACACCGUACGACAAUGGAAAGUUGGAUCUAACAAAAGUCACCGAUGGACAAAAUCAAGGAACGCACUAUAGUGGGGGAAAUGCGCUGGAUACUAAUAGUGCUAGACCCACAGGAACUUGGUCAAAUACAGGAUCUCAAGGUGGUAGUGUGGUUGGUACAACUGUUGUUUCGGGAUCGACAGCAAAUGCAAAUACUGGUACGUUUGAUUAUAACACUCAAGGCAAUGGAGUAAAAGGGGGCAGUCCGUGCGGUGAGGGAUGUGUUGGUAGUCAUCAAAACAAUUUACAAAGCAGUGGAAGUUAUUCAGCGGCUGGAGCAAGAAGUCUUUCAAGUUCAGAUGCUCUUGGAGUUGGAGGGAGCUUUGCCAGUAGUUCAGCUAGUGCACAUUCGUCAGCUGCAGCUUACAGAAAAGGAGGUUAUGGGAAACGAUAA